AUGACCACCAUCGGCAGCGGUGGAGGGAAGAGCGUCGAGGUUGGAGGAUAUGCGGCUUCGAAAGGCAAACAGAGGGAGAUCGACCCCAGCAGCCUAGUCGCGAGGGCCGAAUCCACCUACGUCCCCUUCAUCCCAGGUUUGAUGGUUCCCAGCUCUACUGCGGCCUCCUCCGCCACUGCAUCACCGACAAGCGUUGCAUCUCCUACCUCAAGUACGGUCAAGGACCCGAUCACCACGAUUCAUCACAACACCCCGCUCAUACUGUGCAUUGUCAUCGGCGCAGUCAUCAUCACAGCGACGCUAUCCGUCGGACUUGCCUGGGUCCUACGUCUCGCCUGCUGUGCGGGAGAACGUAGAGCCAGACGCAAGAGAAGACUCGAUCGUUCAACAUGGAGUCCAUCCGAUCAUGCGUCCAAGCUUCGCGCCGACGAGAUGCAAGAGCGCACCUCUUUGGACAGCGUCACCGUCAGCGGCGAUGACGAUCUCGAGCGCAAGGAUGCCAAGAUCGACAAUCUGUUCACGAAAGCGGACAAGGGCGAGCAGUUCAACCCCGACGUUCCGGUGCUCACUUACGCUGAUGCAGGAGUAGCUCAUGGAACUCCUGUCAGCACUUGGAACGGCAAAGGCUGGACCCUGUUCGAUCCUCCUGUCGCAGCCAUCAAGAAGCCAGAGCCCGCGGCCACUGAUCUGCCGAGGAACAGUUUGGGAGGCGGCAACUACGCAGCUGCACGCAAAGAGCUUGCGGAUCAAGACGUUGGCGGUUUCACCUGGCCCUCCUCCGUCGAGCGUCAACCCAGCUUCAUCGAGCGUCUUGUGCAGAGGCAUCAUCAAGCUUCGGAUCUUCCCACAGCUGCGACCCUGCCCUAUCCAUUCCAAGCCAAGUCCACACAGCCCGCCUCCCGGAUGGCAAGCUUGGGUGGAGCAGCCAAUCGAGCCGUCAUGAACAUGCUUCCUGUCACUUUGCGCAACGCUGCGACCACGGCUUCGCGACAACGCGCAACGCGAAAGCGCUAUCACGACAUGCAGCCAUACCUUGACAGCGACUUUGAAGGUACCAUCGGCGGCAAGGAUCGAGAGCUGCCGAUGGCUCGCCGUCUACGACGCACCGAGGAGAGGAUGGCGGUCGACUGGACCACCGAAGAGGAAGGGGAGUCAUCUCCUGCGCGUGGCAGCAAGAAGCAUCCUCUCGAAUCUGACCUGCAGACUUUUGCCAGAGUUCAGCCGGCGUUGAUCGCCUCUCCUAUGGUGAUGGUCGAAGGAAGCAAAGCAGCGCCACAAUUCACUCCUGGAAUGGCAGGGGUGGGAGCUGUGUGGUCCAAGAGAGGUUCCUUCGCCUCUUUGCUUCCAGAGACGCAGCAGUCGAUCGUGGCCGGAUCGUCCGCGAAGCCAACCCAGCUGCCAAAAGUGAUCGAGCCAAAUCGAGCCUCGCUGCUUCCCUUCCCGGCUUUGGAAGGCGAUCGACGUGGUCGACUGCUCGGAAACGUUGGACGCUGGCUUGGACAGGUGACCGAGGCAGGUGAGAUUGCCGACCCGUACACAGCUCUCUCGCCACGACCUGACCGUCGCAUCACCAAGAACGGCAGUCUGCGCAGCGACUAUACCUCUACCACGCUCGCCAACACUGCUACAGCGACUAACUCCGAAACGCACGUUGACGCAAGAACCAGCACGAGCGGCGCGGGCAAGUCGGAACGUCUGCUCGAACGUGUCGAUGCGGAUCAGGCUGAACACGAUCGUCAACAACGCCGGCUUUUGAGGAAAGCGCGCAUGUUCACUCCGGCCGCCAAUGUCGCUUGUAAUGCGCCUCAAGACAUCUCUGAAGCAAAGGACGUUGUUGCUGCGGAAGAGAUGAGCAUCAGUCGUGCUGGGAGCAUUCGACCUCACUUCUGUGCAACGACCGAUCUCAAGAGCUGGCUGGAACCCAACAAGGUGUCGACCACCCACGGUCUCAAGGUGCUCGAGGAGUCGGAAGCUGCUAGCAGCGUUGCUGCCGAUCCAUUCGCUUCCGAUGCGGAGCGCGCAAAGCCGAGAAUUCUUGAUGCUCGCACCACCAAGAAGCUGAGGUCCUCGAGCUCCAGAGACCAGCUGCGCAAGAGCGCAAAAGAUGCCAGCCGACAAAAGCGCGCGAACCUGCGACCCGUCAACUCGGUAGUCCCGGCCAAAGCGGGAGGCGAGCCGCUUUCGUCUCGCUGUCAGAGCUCGGCAGCGAUCACGGUGGUCUCUUCCGUGUUCGAUGAGGCAUUCGCUGCUGAGUACGACAGGGUGAACGCCGCAACUAAGAAGCGGUCUGGAGCGUCCAAGUCGAACGACGAUGCUAAAGCCAAGGCGAAAGCUGAAGCCGAUGCAGCGAUGAGGGAAGCAUGGAGGCGACGUAGGAUGCUUUCGAUCAGCUCGCGAGGUAGUCAGACAACGAGGUCUGCGCAGAAUCGCUCUGCCGAGAUCGGUCGAUCUUUGUUGAGCCGAGAAGAAAGCAUCGUCUCUCAGCCGAGCGUGUACUCUGAGCUGACAGCGGCUUCGGACUACGCCUUCCAGGCUCCCAUCUUGUCCGGGCUGUCACAGGAUGCUCUGCCGACCGGCUGUGGAAGCAGCACAGAUGAUGCGGUUUCCGAAGAGCAGGAGGUGUCGGGGUCGAAGGGAGAUGCUGCGAGGCAAGCGGAGGUGGACACGAAAAAGCAGUCAGAGAAGCAGGCGAAGAAGGACGCACGACGCGAACAGAGACGCGCAGAGCGAAGGCAAGCGAAGAAGGCUGCGUCGAUUUCUGCUGGUCCCAUCCCUGCGACCUCGGCUGGCCAAACGGCACCCAUGGACUCGCACCGCAGCGUCCCGACCGAUCUGGCUGGUGUCACCGGAAACGCAGAGGCGGUCAGGCGCAUCAUCAAGAAGCAACGAUCCAUCUCGCUCGGUGCAGUGCGAAGUCAGUUCCCCACUCAGCCUGCCGACGUCUCCCAGCACGCUUCUGCUGCUCCGGACUCACCAUGGACGUCGAGCGACUCUGACAUCAGCGUCCGUCGUUGGGGCGAAGCUCGCCGAGACGACACCUCCCGCAUCCAGAUCCGAGCCAGCAGCGCUGCUGUUCGCCACCACCACUCGCAGUCCAUCCCUACGGCGAUGACAGACUUGGCGGUGAAGCGUGGCGUGCGAUCGACGUCGAAGGGCGCGCGAUCGAACAGCUACUACUUUGGCAUGGGAGCAGGGGGAGACGUGCGAGACUUUUGUUGA